UUCAACCCUCUUUGAUACUCCACAUGACACUGUUUCUUUCUUUCUUAUCACUUUCUAGUUUUAAAUAGAGUUGCAUUCAACAAAAAUUGAGAACCAAGGGUACUAGAUUAAGGUAAAAAUAAACACCCCAUUUCAUUUUUUUUCCUCCAAGAGUUGAAUUUUUGGUGGGACCUAAUGGGACAAUUGCCCUGAUGUAGAAGCAGGACUGCACCCCAAGAUAAGGUUUGCACCAAACAAACAAUCAUAUCCCUCAUUUUGCCCCAACCACCAUAUGCCAAUUCACACUAAUUCUAUUCCUCCUUUACUAUAAAGUCCAAUCUAGAGCAAAUACAUUUGCACAUUAAAUUAGUACUCCAUCAAAACCAUACACCCAAAAUUAAUCCAUUUUCCCCCAACUUCAGUACACAUCUCUCUAUAUAUCUGAGUCUCAUCUCAAUUUCUUUUUCUUCUCUUGCUAAAUAUUCUCUUAACUCCAAAGCCUUCUGAUCUCUUCUUGUUUUCUCAGCUUGAGAUCUUGUCAUCUCCACCGUCUAAACCAACCCCACUAAAAGUAGCAGCUGCACCACCUGAAGUCAUGAAUGCCAAGGCCUGUUGCAAGCACGACUAUAAGCAAAAGCUUGUCAAGCGCAUAUUGAUAGGCAUUGUUGGGUUGUUGGUCGCUUUUGGCACAGUGGUUUUCCUUCUAUGGGCAAUUCUCCACCCUGCCAAGCCCCGGUUCAUCCUCCAGGAUGUGACUAUCUAUGCUUUCAACCUCACAGCCCCAAACUUCCUCACUUCAAACAUGCAAGUCACUGUAUCUUCCAGGAACCCCAAUGACAGGAUCGGAAUUUACUACCAAAAACUCGAUAUCAUCGCAUCUUAUCGUAACCAGCAAAUAACCUUACCGACACUGCUACCAAGAACCUACCACGGCCACCAGGACGUCACUAUUUGGUCCCCAUUUUUGUGCGGCAAUGCUGUGCCUGUGGCUCCAUUUCUUGAGGAAGGGUUGAGUCAGGACAUGAAUGCUGGAUUGGUGCUGCUCAACAUUAAGGUUUUCGGGCAUUUGAAAUGGAAGGUAGGGACUUGGAUUUCAAGUCGGUAUCAAAUUAACGCCAAUUGUCCAGCUUAUAUUUCGUUUAGUGAUUUAACUAAGGCAAUCCAAGUUGGUCCUGCUAUGAAGUAUCAGCUUGUGCAAAUUUGCAGUGUGGAUAUUUCUCGUAACUAG